AUGACCGGAGAAGUGAAGAAAAGCAUGAAGUUAACCUUCAUGCCAGUUCCUCUGACAGCAGGAGAGAAAAGACGCAUCUAUAGGAGGCUCAGCGAAAGGGAGCCAGUUGUUUUUGUGGAACCUUCAGCCUCCUCAACGAAGAAAAGAGAGGAAAGUUCAUCUAACCUGAGGGGCAAAAAGAGGGGACUCACUCAAACUGAGCCUGUUGUUUUCCUGGAUUCCACCUUCUCCAAAGAGCAACCACCGAAAGUUAACGUUGCUUUUGGAUUUUCUUCCAGUCAGAGGAAGAAGACAAACAAAAGAGCACCUGGACGUCCCACCAACAGAAGGAAGAUGAAGAAGGAGCUCGAACAGGGGAAGUGCAAAGAUAAAGCUCCCCCUGAGGAACUUGAAGAGGACAAGCAGGUCAAGCCCAAAGAGCUCAUUAGCUGUGUUAAAAGCAUUGUCAACAGGCUAACUCCUGAAACAUUUCAGGAUUCAAUGAAACAGCUGAAGGAGCUGACAGUGGAGACAGAGGAGAGUUUGAAAGCAGUUAUCAACCUCAUCUUUGAGAGAGCCAUGCUGAGACCAAACUCAUCUGCGCUCUACGGCAAGAUCUGCCACUGUCUCUCAAAGGUCCAAGUCCCAACCACAGCUGACCCGACAGCCGCUGUCAACUUCCAAACUUUGGUCAUCAGACGCUGCCAGGCUGAGUUUGAACAAAACCAUGGCAGAGAUGAUGUUUUUGAGAGGAGGCAGAGAUUUCUGGAGACUGCCAAUGAUGAAGAAAAGCUAGAGCGAUUGAAGAAAGAGCUGGAUGAUGCCAAAGCUUCCCGUCGCUCAGUAAAUAACAUCAAAUUUAUCGGGGAGCUCUUCAAAUCCAAGCUUCUUGGCGCGCCUGUCAUGCACUGCUGUGUUAAGAGACUCUUAAGCAACCGAGAUGAGGAGUCUCUGGAGUGCCUGUGUGAGCUCUUCAGGAUUAUCGGCAGGGAUCUGGAGGUGGUCACAGCAAAGCAGGUUGUGGACUUGUACUUCAGCCGAAUGGAUGGUAUCAGAAAGGAAGGGAAGGCAUCAUCCAGGGUUUCCCUCAUGCUGAAGGACACAGUGGACUUGAGACAGAGAAACUGGUUGCCUAAGACCCAUCCCACCUGGGUGAAUAGUAAGAUCACUGAGAGCCAACCCUCAGCCUUGCAGCCAGUUGAUCCAGUAAGAUCUUCAGGACAAACUGGCUGCAGAGUUCCCCAGACUGAGGAUGCAGCCUCAGGCUCUGCCACCCAUCCCGAGCUCACUGUGGUGAUAAAGGUACAGCCGACUCUGGACAAUAGUGAGGAAAGCGACAGCCAGCUACAGCUGAAGAAAGAAGAGACUGGCCCCACUCGCUCUCCUCCUGGUAAACCCUCACUCAAAGAGGAGGACAUGGAGACCUUCUCUGAGGCUAUAAUCGAUAAAUAUUUAAAGACAAACGACUUAAAAGAAGUCCUGCACUGCCUGGCAGAGCAAACUAGCCCCUCUGUCCUCCACGUGUUUGUCAGGUCUUCUGUGGACUUGACGUUUGAGUGCAGCAGCAACGUUCGGAGAAGGAUGGGCCUGUUGCUGCUUGAAAUGCACAAGUCAGGAAUCCUGCCAGCAAAGCAGAUCUUUAAAGGCCUGCAUGAGAUCCUGGAAACUGCAAGCUACAUCGCUGCAGAUGUGCCACACAUCUGGCUCUGCCUCGCUGAGCUUAUCAGCCCCAUACUGCAUAAGGGAGGCGUCUCCAUGGCCGAGCUUUUUGGAAAAAUCAGGACUCUUGUGUCUCUUCAACAGGCUAGUGUGCUGCUGGAACACAUCCUCUCUCUGAUGUCUGGGAAUAAUAUAUCCCCCACCUCCCCCAUUCUCCCAACCUCAACUCCCUUCUAA